UUGGCGGAAUUUGUGAUCUUGGUGGCUACGAAGUCGGUAAAUAACAACGAAAUAUGGAAACUGUGCUUGAACAGCAGCGUCGCAUCCAUGAAGAGCGGGAAAGACUAAUAAAUGAAUUGACAAAAGAAAUGCUUUAUAAUCCUACUACACAUAGAGAAAAAUUAAAUUCAGAGCUUCGUUUAAGACUUAUGUAUGAUAGAUACUUUGAUGUCACACAAGAACUCAGAGAUUUGUAUGAAGAUAAGGAUGGGCAAGUUUAUAUUCCGUUUAGUUCAUAUGGUUUUCUACAGUCUACGUAAGGCUGAUAUUCAAACACUUUCUGGUCCAAAUGAAUUUAAUGAGUUUUAUGAUAGAUUAAAACAGAUUAAAGAAUUUCAUCGUAAACAUCCUGGCGAGAUCUGUGUCCCAAUGUCUGCCGAGUUUGAAAAAUAUAAAGAAAUGAGAGAGAGACCAGAAGAAGCGAAUGCUGUUCUCAUUGAUUUCUCAGAUGAAGAAGGAUAUGGUCGUUAUCUAGAUUUACAUGAUGUAUAUAAAAAAUAUUUGAAUGUAAAAGGUGUUCCACGCAUAGAUUAUCUCACCUAUAUUUCCUUCUUUGAUCGACUAUAUGAUAUAUCUCGUGAUAAAAAAGGAAUAGCAUAUAAAGCCUACCUUGAAGAAUUACUAGGCUACCUUGAAAAUUUUGUAUCCCGUGCCAGACCUAUAGUGGAUUUAGAAGAAGAAACUAAAGAAGCACUUGCUAACUUUGAAACACAGUGGGCUCAAGGAACAUUUCCUGGUUGGGGUCGUGAAGCAGCAUCUGCAUUAGCUCAUGGUGGUGCUCAUUUGGAUUUAACCGCCUUUACAGCAUGGGAAGAACUUGCUUCACUUGGACUUGAUAGACUGAAGUCAGCGUUACUCGCGUUGGGUUUGAAAUGUGGUGGAACUUUAGAGGAAAGAGCUCGUCGUUUAUGGGCAACAAAAGGAAAAUCACUUGAAGAUUUACCUGCAGACCUGUUUGUUACAAAACAACGCUCAACUAAAGGUUUUGCCAAGACAGCUGCCUGGGGACAUAUACCUCCAGCGCUGUCGGAAAAGUUGAAAGAUAUUGCUACACUAGAGGCUAGAAUAUACAGACUCAGUGAACUAGUCAAAGAACAUCGUGAAGCCACCAUUGAGAACGUGCAACGUCGUCAAGCACGAAUAGGGUUCGAACGAGAUGAAGAUGAUACAGAUGCAGAUAAAGAUGCUACAGGUGCAGAAAACGGACAGAAUGAAGAUGAUGAUGAUAUUCCGUAUAAUCCGAAAAAUCUACCCCUUGGUUGGGAUGGGAAACCUAUUCCAUAUUGGUUGUACAAAUUGCAUGGAUUAAAUAUGUAUUAUAGUUGUGAAAUCUGUGGUAAUCAAACAUAUCGUGGUCCUAAAGCAUUUCAACAACAUUUCUCUGAAUGGCGACAUGCUCAUGGUAUGCGUUGUUUAGGCAUACCGAAUACAAUACAUUUUGCUCAUGUAACAAAAAUUGAAGAAGCUUUAGCUUUAUGGCAAAGAAUAAGAACAAUGAAAGAAGCUGAACGUUGGCGUCCAGAAGUUGAAGAAGAAUUAGAAGAUUCUGUUGGUAAUGUUGUAUCUCGUAAAACUUAUGAAGAUUUAAAACGUCAAGGUCUGCUUUAGAAACAAAAAAAAUGGAAUCAUUUUUUUAUCCUUGUAAUAUUGUUAUGUACACUUGAGAAAUAUAAAAUUUUUUAUUUUAA